CUGAAUUCCAGUUUAUUUUCCUGUGCAUUGAGGAAUUAAACAUUUUGAAAAUGUAUACUUGUGUUGUUUCUUUAUAUUGCAUUCAUCAUGUAAAAAGGUUGUUCUGGUGAAAAACCAUAAGCGCUAUAAAACAGGUUUUAUGGUAGUGUUUUGAAUUGAUCUCGCCAGUUUGUAAUGGCUAUUUUUGUAGGGUACGUGUAUUUGAUGGCUUUUGUAUGAUGUCUGAAGGCAAAGUUUGGUUUAGGUGUAAGAUUACAUUGAUUGGAGAGUUUGGUUUUGUGGAAAUUUGAAGUUUGUGAAAAUGAGUGUGCAGUUAUGCAUUUGUGUUUUGGAAAAAUUUAGUUUUAGGACGAUAGUUUUAAGAAGUGUGACUUGGCAAUCAAGAACAAUUGUAACAAUCAGAUUACAGUUCGGUAAACCAGAGUACAGUCUUUUCCCCUUGCAUAUGAAACUCUAUACCAAACGAUCUCCCAUGUAGGAAUCACAUUGGCAGUUACUGACUUGUUGGCCUGCAUCACUUUUAAAAAUUAGACUUUGAAAGCGCGGUCGCUCUGUAGCCUGGACAUUACACCUUGUUCGGUGAGAGGCACGUCCUACUGGUUUACCAAGUCGGAACCCUUACCUGCUUACGUUGCCAUGAAAGUGACAUCAUUGUUCCUCCUCCGGCACGCUGCGUCGUGGAUAAACCCAACUGGGCGGAGUUUCUACGGGCUUUCCCUGAGUUACCUACUUCAAGCACUGUCACUAGAAGCAGUCCGGUACACUCACUCUCUGCCAGUAAACAAGUACAGUGACAGUCUAAAUCGAAUAGCGGUAUUAUGGGCAGAUAUAUUCGGUAGAUUGUGGAAGUUUGGCGUUGUGUUUACCCGCUUUCUAGCGCGUUAGGGCUGUGUUAGUAACGGCAUCCAGGCACCUAUGGUGUACUUGAUGGGGAUGCAACCGGAGGGUUAUCGCGCUCGGCGGCGCUCGUCGGUGGAUGAGCUAUUCGACGCGGGCGCAUGGAAGAUCCGGAGUAUUUGGGACGGGGUGAAGUUGGAAAUCGCGUGUACAGAGGAGAACCCCGUGGUUCUGAACAGUUUCACUCAUUUGGACCCUGACCUGCCUAUUCUGGAGAAUUCCACGCAGGAGAUCGGCGAGGAGGCGGAGGACGGGGCGGUGUACACCAUCACGCUGCGGAAAGUGCAGUUGCACCAGACGGCCAGUAAGGGGCAGCGGUGGCUGGGCGUGGAGACGGACUCGGCGCUGAGCCUGUACGAGACCUGCAAGGUGCGCACCAUCAAGGCGGGAACGCUGGAGAAGCUGGUGGAGUACAUGCUGACGGCCUUCAGGGGGAAGGACUCCACCUACGUCACCAUCUUCCUCUGCACAUACCGAGCCUUCGCCUCCACCAAGCAGGUGCUCGACCUGCUGCUCCACAGGUAUGCAAAGCUGCAGUCUCAACCUAAAGCAUUGGAGUUUCAGAUGACGCAUGAGGACCACACAGAGCUCAAAAACACCAUCUCCUCCAUCCUUGGGGCAUGGCUGGAUCAGUACUCGGAAGACUUCUGGGCCCCGCCGGACCACGGCUGCCUGAGGGAGCUCGUCACCUACCUGCAGAAGAACUUUCCAGGCUCGGACCUGGAGCGCCGAGGACAGAACCUCCUGGAACUCUUCAAGCGCAGGCAACAGUACGAGCCGGAUAUGGAUGCCUCCGGAGAGCUGGGUUCCUGCCCGUUCGCCAUGCCAGAGGAGAACGUCUUUGAAGACGAGCGUGCCGUGGACUUCCUGUCGUUUGACCCGGCGCUGGUGGCAGAGCAGUUCACUCUCAUGGACGCGGAGCUCUUUAAGAGGGUGGUACCGUACCACUGCCUGGGCGGCAUCUGGUCGCAGCGGGACAAGAAAGGGAAGGAACACUUUGCGCCCACCAUCCGCGCCACCGUGGCCCAGUUCAACAACGUGGCUAACUGUGUCAUCGCCACGUGCCUGAGCCAGCGCACACUCAAGCCCAAUCAGAGGGCCAGGCUGGUGGAGCGCUGGAUAGAGGUGGCCAGGGAGUGUCGGAUCUUGAAGAAUUUCUCGUCUCUGAGGGCGAUCCUGUCGGCACUGCAGUGUAACUCUCUCCAUCGGCUCAAGCGGACCUGGGACGAGGUGUCCAGGGAAAAUAUACGCACCUUUCUGGAGCUGUCCGAGAUCUUCUCAGAUGACAACAACCACUCUGUGAGUCGGGAGCUGCUUGUCAAGGAGGGCACGUCCAAAUUUGCCACCCUGGAGAUCAACCACAAACGUGCGCAAAGAAGGCACCAACAGCAGAGAGAGCUGGGCGUCAUGCAGGGCACCAUCCCCUACCUGGGCACCUUCCUGACGGACUUGGUGAUGAUGGACACUGCCAUGAAGGACUGUGUGGAGGGCGGACUUAUCAACUUUGACAAGCGCAGGAAGGAGUUUGAGGUCAUCGCUCAGAUCAAGCUGUUGCAGCUGGCCUGUAAUAACUACAGCUUCACUCGGGCCAUGCGCUUCAGAGAGUGGUUCAGCACCGUGGAGAAACUCACCGAUGCGGAGAGCUACACCUUGUCCUGUGAGAUCGAGCCUCUCUCUGAAUCUGCCUUCAGCACUUUAAAGGGCAGGAAAUGUAACGGCAUCGUGAAGCGCCCGAGCGAUCGGCAGUCAGAGAAUGGAGAGGGCGUCUGUAAUAGGGUCGGACCCCCCCACUCUAAGUCCUUAGACCAGCUGCGCUACCCGUCACCUCAGGCCAGGUCAAAGGUGUGUGUGUGGGACGGAGGGGACACACUGAGCGUGACCUCAGCCGGGUCUAGCAGCUCAGACCUGGAGGGGGCCAAUGACAACUUCCUGUUAGACUCACCAGACUCCCCCAAGGACAGGAAGCUGUGGGAGUCCACGUCCCUGUGUUCCCUGGACACCUCCGGCUCCAGCUCCAGCUCCGGCUGCGCCUCCUCCUCCUCCGUGUCGUCCACGCCGGUCCCGCUGUCUCGCUCGCACAAGCGCUCUGCCUCGGCCGUCUCCUGCACGUCCACGCUCUCCCUGCCCGUCUACAACCAGCAGGCGGACGACUGCUGCGUCAUCCGCGUCAGCCUGGACGUCAACGACGGCAACAUGUACAAGAGCAUCCUGGUGACGAGUCAGGAUAAAACUCCGGGGGUCAUCAGGAAGGCCAUGGCCAAACACAACCUGGACAAGGAGAAGACGGAGGACUAUGAGCUCCUGCAGAAGGUCUCAGAGGAGAAAGAGUUGAGAAUCCCAGAUAACGCCAACGUCUUCUACGCCAUGAACUCUUCCGGCAACUACGACUUCGUUCUGAAGCGGCGCGACACGCCCCGGACCACCCGCUCCAAGAGCGCCAGCGGUCCCAGCGGCUCCACGCUGCCGCGCUUCAGACAGAAGGGCCUGAAGAUCGUCAAGGGCAUCCUCUGAGGAGGCUCACCCCACGCGCGUCUCUGCAGGAGAAAGAGGAGAGGAGUCCCGUGAAGCAUGGAAACGGAGCUUAGCUAA